CGAAGGUUACCGAAGCGCUCGGCGUUUCCAAUGGAUAACUGCUGUCAUUUAGAGCCUGGUUUUGGAUAAGGAUAGGCAACCCUUCUCUCCUCAGCUAAAGCGCACAGACCCAACAUGCCGUUUUCUUGUAAUAUCUUUCAGGUCGUUAUAAAGUCACAUAAUAAAAGACGUCAAUAAUCUUUCCUUAUAUAGUGCUCACCACGUUGCUAGAAAUGGCCACUGCGGCAAGCCCGUAUGAAUCGCAAACAGCGGUCGACCAAUUAGGAAUCAUUACGGAGGAUGCCACGGCUAUCAGCAUGUCUGUGUGCAUGGCAGCCCAACACCCGAGCAACGGUUCUGCGGCACGGACGUCUCCGGCAUCUCGAGAGGACGGUCUAACAACCGCGACCAUGGAUGGAGCACUUACUAAACAAAAGGAAGAAGAGCAACCCGUACAAACAGGACUGUCAGCAGAGGAGCCCUCGUCGACUGCUUCGGGGCUGUCAAAGCCCGUCUCCGUCACCGCAUCAUCGAAACCGCUGGCCCUUCGCCUCACUUCUGCAUUUCCGAGCUGGUUUUGGGUUGCCCUGGCGGUGUUUGUUGUGGUGGAGGUGCUUGCGGUGACCGGCUCGGUAUACUAUGCACGCGGCGUUAACACCGAGGCCCGCCGCGCUGCUAUUGACAUUACUCGCACCUCGGCGCGCUCCAUUGAAACACUCCUCGAUACCUUAGUUGCACCGAUGAAGAGCUUGGCUAACUUGGUUAUGACGCAACCGCACUGGCCGACGCUGAAUGCCACAUUCCCUACGUUUGCCGAGGCAAUUUACACGACGAAUCCAUACUAUCAGGUGGAGCUGUGUCCGUACGGCGUUGUGGGCGCUAUGGCUCUUCCUUGGCUUAACCUGACGGGUCAAGCCUAUUGGGAGUUCCUGCUGUCAUUUGACUUUGGGCUAGAUCUGCUGAACCCCAGGCGCGGGACCUAUCAGGACGAGCUAGACAGCAUUCUCCAGGACGGCAAUGUCAUUCUGAUGGCUCCCUGGUUUGCGGACGGGGAGCUGUCAGAAGGCGCCUUCGUGGUGCGUUACAGCAUCUUCCUGCCGCCCGGGGAGUGGGACAUGCCCACGCCCAACAGCUUUGAUGCUUGUCCUCGCGACAUUUGCUACACCCAGGAUGGCCGCAAGUUCUGGGGCUUUGCAAACGCUUGCUUCGCGUGGAAGACUGUACGGAAGCAGCUCAGCACUCUAACGCAUCGUGGGCUGCUGUACACCCUCGCUCCGGAUCACAGAUCCGCGAACCAGUCGUACCUGGCCUUCAGUGACCCGCUCCCGAGCAGUGACUGCGAGGUGGUGUCGGUGGACGUGUACGGUUGGAUGUCGUGGACCUUUUGCGUGGAGCCGGAGGGCGGCUUCGGGCCGCACUGGCGUGCUGGGCUGCUGGUGGGCGUUACGGCGCUUGCGGUGCUGCUGGCGGUGCUGACGGCUCUGGUGCUGCGCAGCCGCACGCUGGCCAUCACGUACCUGGACCGGCAGCUGGAGCUGAACCGUCAGCUGGCGGUUGCCAAGGAGGAGGCUGAGGAGGGCCGUCGGGUCAUCGAGGCGGAGAAGCGAGUCAUGGACGCGCUGCUGCAGCGGCAGCGCAACCUGAUUGAGUUGUUCGGCAAGGAGGACGAGCUGCUUGCGAGUGUGGGCGCGGAGGGGGCUGUCGACGGCUCCGAGGCGACGCUGGCGGCCCGGCAGCGGCUGCAGCUGGCGGGCUGCUCGAGGGGGAGCAACCUGUCGAGGGAGAGCGCGGCGAUGGAUCGGAUUGAGGCGGUUCGGCGGCAACUCACCGUCGGACGAACCAAUUCCAAGCUGUCGAGUACCGUUAACGAAGUCAAGCUGCACGAGAUGCUUGGCGAGGGUACGUUUGGCAAGGUGUACCGCGGCGUGUGGCGCGGCACCGACGUGGCGGUGAAGACCAUGGUGCUGCCCGCCAACAUGAGCGGCGCGGAGAAGCGCGAGAAGAUGGCCAUCAUGGAGGCGGCCAUCAGCAGCAGCCUGGCGCACCCCAACAUCGUGCAGACCUACACCUACUUCAUCAAGACGGUUCGCGAGGAGGCGGCCGCGGAGGAGGAGGCGCCCCCUGCCCCCGCCGCCGGGAUCCUGGUGGGAGCGGGCAGCUCCUCCACCUCCGCCUCCGCACUGGGACACACCUUUGACGAGCCGGCGGCCAACAAGAGCGCCUCACCCAGUGCGCAGGCGGUGCAUGGAUACGAGGUUCGUCUGGUCUUGGAGUUCUGCGACCGGGGCUGUCUGCGUGACGCGCUGGACGGCGACGCCUUCCUCACCUCCAGCGGCGUCAACUAUCGGGGCGUGCUGGACACGGCAGCUGACAUCGCCAAGGCCAUGCUGCACCUGCACUGCGCGGAUGUGCUGCAUGGGGACCUGAAGGCGCGCAAUGUGAUGCUCAAGAGCAGCGGCACGGAGGGGCGGGGCGUGAUUUGCAAGGUGGCUGACUUUGGUCUGGCGGUCAAGAUGGACACCGUGGAGCAAACCCACAUGUCGGGCAUGUAUCAGGGCACCUUGACGCACAUGGCGCCAGAGCUGCUGCUGCAGGGCCGCAUGUCCAAGGCGGCUGACGUGUACGCCUUCGGAGUGACCCUUUGGGAGCUCUUCACAGGGGGCCAUGCGUUCCAGGGUGUUCCCCGAGCGCUGCUGGGCCAUCAGAUCACUCAAGAGCGGCGCCGACCCCCCUUCCCGCCCUUUGUGCCGGAGGCGUAUGCGCGGCUGGCGGCGGAGUGCUGGGCACACCGGGCCGAGGACAGGCCCACCUUUGAGGUGAUUCUGGAGCGGCUAGCGGCCAUGAGGGACACGGUGCCGGGGGCGGCCUCGCCCCUGGCAACGUACAACAUUGGCAGCCCGCCGGUGCAGGCCUCUGGGGCGGGGGCGGGCGCCGGGACGGCUGCAGGGGGUGCGGGGGCUCCCCCGGGGGGCGGUGCGUUGCCCAAGCUGAGCGAUGGGCAGAUUGCCAACGCCAACUGCAAUCCGGUGUUCGACGCCUCCGGAACCGGCUCUGGCACCCGCGGAUUGCUGCUGGCGUCCACGGGGGUGGAAAGCAGCGGCGGCAGUGGCAGCAGCAUCAACUGGUUGUUUGCACGCAACAGCCACCGCUCUCCGCUGGCAGCGGUGCAGGAGGAUGAUCGGGAGCUGGACGUCUCCUCGCAGCCCCUGCCGCUGGUGCCUUGGAAGCAGCUGCUGCAGCAACACCACGGCCAACAGCAGCAACAACAGCAGCAGCAGCAGCAGGGGCAGCAAGGGGAACAGAAGGCUGGACCGGCGCAAGAGCAGCCGCAGCAGCAGCCACUGCAGCAGCAGCAGGCUGUUAACCCGCAGAAUCCCGGUCAGGGUCAACAGGAGCUGCUGGGCUUGCAGGGCCUGAAGCCUGAGCAACCGGAGCAGCUGUUGGUGCCUCCUCAGGGUAUGGUGCUGGGUGGAAUUGACGCCACGGACGCCUCCAUGCAGAGCUACGUAAGUCCUGUGCUGCAGCCUGCUACGGUGGCUGCUACGGCCGCAGCUCGGGCUGAGGCGCAGCUGGAUGAUGCGUGAUUGGGGGGGUACUUGGGGUCACGUGCAUGGCAAGGCCGUUUUAGGUUGUCGUGAUUACGGUUGCUACAACGAGUAACGGUCGUCACGACUUGUAAGCAGUUUAGAGCAAUCUGAGGCGGCGAUGUCGAGAGUUUAUUCUGAUGGGAAUUGUUAAAUGGGGAAUUGUUGAGUGGGCCAUUACAAGGAGGUGCGACUCGCGCGUCACCGUACGGAAAGAUUUCGUACGUUUGGCCUGUAUGUUUGCCCCCUACCUUAUUACCGUGGUGAUCUCGCGUCACGGAUUCUUGCGAUUUGCUCAGCCUACAAUUGGAUGGAGUCGUGGAUUAGGGUUGGCGUGGAUUGCGCUGCCGAUAAGCGAUUUUGUGGCUUCCGACGGCUCGUCGUUAUACUGAGUACUGCUACCCACCAAUCGAGGCAGAUGAAAUUUUAGGCAAGGGUGGAUGUCAAGAAGUUCACUGAAGGGGCCUUGGAAGGUCGCUGCCACAGCUUUCCAUUCACGAAACGGGAUGCAAAGGGCACCAAUGCGUACUGGAGCGGGGAAUACUGGAGCAAGACAAAAAAGAUGACUUGGUUUUGUGAAAGUUAGGAAGGAUUGAGAGACAGCAAGCCAUGCAAGAUGAUGUGACUAGCCGGGGUGGUCUCUCUCUUAACCUUUCAGCGUUCUGGGGAAGGCAGGAAGCACUCUAAUGAAGAGGAGUGAGGGCACUGCCGAGUUGCGUAGGGAGGUUGCGUGCCGUACACUUUACGUGCGAUACGACGUGAUUUUCAUACACUGUGCUCGAGGCUUGCUGCUGCCGCAUGCAUACAUGGAGACCGUUUGUGCUACACCGUUGAGGACUCUGGCAUUCGCUGAUAAGUGCAAGCAACGUGUAGAGUUGUCAAAUUCCCCGUCCUCAGGAGAAGGGAAAGGCAACCGCUUGGUAUCGAUAUGCCCGUUGUAUAUGUAGGUUUUCCGCGCGCGCUUACCGGUCUAAUGGCAAGGACCUGCCAGAAUAAGACGGGGUGCCUUAAUGGGGGCUUGCGGGGUGCUACGAACGUUCAGGGGUACUUUGGUUUUGGGCUAGGUUGCGCGGCCGCACAAGGGGCCCCUGCAUGGGUAGGGGGUGGUGCCUCCUACCCCGGUGCCGCUAGUGCAACCACUUGGAAGGGGGGUGGGGUUAUCCUGCUCCUGCUGUUGCUUGUUUUUGCAUUCGGCUUUUGGGAGGCUUACAAUGCAUAUCGCCGCCUCUUUAUACGGCGAAUCAGACUGACCUUUUAUCAUCAGAUUCAGAUUCAUCCUAACCGCUAACUGAUCGUGGACGGUUGUGAUCCUGGCUGAUUGGCUUUCGGUUGGUCAUUGAUCAACAAGCUUCAGCACAGUUACUUUGGUACGGUGGGUGCGUCGAAAUGGGUGGCGGCAGAAUGCUGAACAGUGAAUCCAUGUUGUUGUACAGUGAAUCUGGGCAGCAGCCUAUACAGCGCGUUGUCGGCCAAGGCCAAGACUGUGCGAUGCCAUAGCGUAUGACGGCGGUUUUACGGAGCUGGGUGGCACACACCAAACUUCUUGUACGGCAAGCACGCAUGCAGCGCGCAUGACAGUCGGCUGUGUUGGUUUGAGAUAUACUCAAAUCACACCCCAACAGGUGGGACCACUUUUGAUGUUCCGGAGCAACCGCGGCUUAACCUGCAAACCGUCAACAAGCCAACCUUCUCGUGUGGUGGUGGUCGCUGUCAUUGUUGUGGUGGUCGCUGUCAUGCCUUGCGUUGCGACGUACCGGUAUGGGUUAGGUCUCUUCUGGCAGCCUCUGUGCGAUUAUGGAUUUGCCUGGAAGGUCAUGGGCGUUGAUGUGUUAAAGUGUGGACACUGUUGGCCUUUGGGGAAGGUAAAUCAUUAUUAUGGUUGGGCGGUGGUGCUUGCUCAGGCCGGUUCAGAGAGCUGCUUGCUUUGGAAGUCGUUUGCGUACUGGUCGCGACUGCAGACAACACUGAGGGUGCAGAAGGUGCAGGGCAGACGAUGGGGGCAGUAGCUUAACGGCUUUCCCAAAGUGCACGGUCUGAUUCCUGUUGUACGGCCCGUGCUUGUUUGACGCGUUGCCGUACUAUUGUAGCUCUUGGACAUGUGUUUUUGGGCCGACGUGCCGACGUGGUUGUUUGUUGACUCGCUGGUAUCGUUUGGUAAUGGCUUACUGCGUGUCGUGUCGAGUGACAUGGCAUGCAGGUGGAAUGGGGCUGGGCUGGGGGGCAACGCAAUGUUUGGAAGGCAAUGGCGACUUGAGGUGUGUUUCUCCGUUGCUCUAGCGGCGGAGGGGUUUUGGAGGCGGUUGGCGCGGCAGUCGUCGGGCUGCAGUUGACGGUGGCGGCCGCAAAGUGUUUGAGGUACCAAGUCUUGGCGGUUACGAUCACGAUGACAAAUUACAUGGCCCGGAUAUGUCUUUGGCGGCUCAUGAUGAUGCUUACCGUAUGCGAUUGGGUGCGUUUCAAGUUCAAACUUGAACUUGAAUCUUGAAAAGUUCUUGAAUGAGCUGUCGGUUUUCCCCCCCCAAAAAGCUGCGAAAGUGUGUAUGAAGGAAGCCAUGGUUCAAAAGUUUUUGGUUUUGGGACGUUUACGUGCUGCUUUGUCGUGUGUGGGUUGUUGCAGUCGUCGACAGUCAUACGUUGUUACGCCGGUGAUCUUCAUGCAACUGCGGCAUAUGGGGUUGUGUGUUUGUGUUUAGCUCUGCAAUGCUGACCCACGGGUCUGGCCUUUCUAACGGCUACAUCGCCGUCCACUGCUUUGUUAGUAUUAUAAUGUGAUAUGUUGUAACUGGAGUUCCGUACCCGUAGCCGUACAGUUGCCAGGAUUGGCGCUUUUCUGUGGGUUUUAACCUUGCUGUGCUGAGCAUUUUGUCUCUGGCAAAUGGGGCUGGUGUAGUGUAGUUGUUGACUGAUGUCGGGUAUUUAAGUACAUCCCCUGUUUCAGCAAUGAUGACUAAUUGUUGAUGACUAAGCUACACUGGUAAUGUAAUACUGUAUAGCCG